AAUAAUUAUGUUUUUAGAUAUUUGGCAACCGGAUGUACAUUCGCUGAACUACAUUACACAUUUCGAAUUGGUGCGAGUACAAUAGCUGAAUUUGUUCGUGAAGUAUGUUCGGCAAUAUGGUUACUGUUAAAAGAAUCUUGUUUACCGAAGCCAUCUCAACAAAGAUGGCUAGAUAUUGCAAAGGGUUUCUCUACAAGAGCUAAUUUUCCGAAUUGCAUUGGGGCUAUAGAUGGGAAACACAUACGGGUAAUAAAGCCGUGCCAUAGUGGAUCCAUGUACUACAAUUAUAAGCAGUUCUUUUCCAUUAUACUUAUGGCUAUAUGCGACAGUAACUACAAAUUCAUAACAAUAGAUGUCGGUGCUUGUGGCAAAUUUGGAGACUCAGCAGUUUAUCAACACUCUAACUUUUACAAAAAAAUGAUAGCAGGAGAACUUGAGAUACCAGAAUCAGUACCCAUAUCACAAGUAAAUACUAUUCCAAUGCCAUAUGUUUUAGUAGGCGAUGAAGCCUUUCCCUUAUCCACGAACUUAAUGCGACCUUAUGCAAAACCAAAAAAUUCUAAUUUAAACACUACUAAGAGAAUAUAUAAUUAUCGGCAUAGUAGAGCACGGCGAUAUGUCGAAUGUUCGUUUGGAAUACUGAGCAAUAAGUGGCGUAUAUUCCAUAGACCUUUAAAUGUGGAUAUUAGUUUGGCUACUGAUAUCAUCAAAGCAUGUUGCAUUUUGCAUAACUACGUUCGAGACAGAGACGGUUAUAACUAUGAAGAUACUUUAACAUGUUACAUGUCGCCUGAUGUACCAGAAACUCCGAGAACAUAUAAUCGAAUAGGUAAUAAUAUCGCUGAAAGAAUUCGUGACUCUUUCGCUCAGUAUUUUGAACAUGAAGGUAAAUUGGAAUGGCAAGAAAAAUAUAUAUAAGUAAAUAUAAUGGCAUUAAUCCGCAAAAUCGCAGGAAAUUGCGAAUAAAAAGUAGGUAUGAUGAUUGUAACAUUGUAACCAUGAUUAAUAAAUAACGUAACUUACCGA